CCACAGUUGUCGUUCGACAGUAUCCAGAUCAAACAUAAGCAUUGUAACGUCAUUGUUCUGAGACCCAACAUUCAACACCCACCCUUGAGCAAUUCAAACCCAUCAAUCAUCAGCCAGCUUCAACAUCCCCUCCUCGUGUCGAGAAUGUCGACCAUAGAAGUGGACCCUGCUAUUUUCCUCAGUGGGUCGCUCGCGCUGGGUGCCAUGAUUCAAGCAGACCCUGAGUUGACCCCAGGCACAAUUUUGGAACUCGGCGAAGGACAGCAGGGCGUCAUUUUCCGACGUGACGCUCAGCCCAAAAUCGCUAUAAAACUGGAAAAGUCCGGCAACGAAACGAAACCAAAAAGUCUUCGCCACGAGUACGCGAUGCACCAAAACGUCGAAGCCGCCUUCAAAAAGCACAGAGAAGUGUUCUCAAAUAGCAAGAAAGCCAAAGUGUACGUCCCAUCUGUUUCGACCUUGGUCUCCCCACGAACGGAGGAAACAGAAUUCCCCCAAGUCUGGAAGAGUAUCGACGAGAACUUUCCACAAUAUCUGGACGCUCGAGGCAACAUAGUCUUCAUGGAUCUAAUCGACCCCUUACCGAAAGACGUCCGACGUGCACUGGUUGCCUACUACAACCCCCCCGACUCGGAAGAAGUGCGCGAUGCCAUUCUCCAUACCCCAUCGAACAUGCAUUGCCUGAUCCGUCCCUACCUCGGUAGAGAGACCGGCCCCCUCUUUCAGCCCGGCCCUGCCGGUCCCGUCUUCACGAUGCGCAACUUCCCGCUGUACCUCUCCAGCAUUCUGGAUUUGCAACUAGAUACCAUCACCUUUGCGAUUGCCAUAGGCAGGGCUUUCGCUAUUAUGCACUGGGGCGCCGGCAUGGACGGCGUCGGCGUCGAGUUCGCCCUAGGCAGUGCACUCAAGCCCGCACAUUACUGGAAUCAGCACCAGCGGGAGGUGCGUCUGUAUCUUUUUGAUUUCGGAGAGUGUCAAGAGAUCGACUUGAUCCGAGAGGACAUGACUCCCGAAGUAGUGUAUGAGUUUUUCAAAGAAGCCAUGGUUAGAGGCGAUAAUCGAUUCUACAUCCCUCACUACAGCAGAUGGCCCGAGUUGUUUGGUGUAUUCAAGAAGGCGUACAUGGAAGCCGGGCAGAAAAUUCUGCGCGAGGGGGGCCUUUCCGGGAUUUUUGACGUGGAACGGUUCCUGGAAGAGUAUGAGCAGUAUGCCAAGCAUAUGGGCUUCUAAAUGCGCGAAACAUAUGCAGCUCGCGUUAUGGAGAUCAAAAUGAGGUACCGGAUGUUCAGGGUAUUAUGAUAGGUCUUGAGGUAUUUUGUAGAAGGUAGGAAACAAGCAGGGUUCUUUGAGAUGGACGAAUAGAGGUAUUUG